AGAGGCCCCAGCGGGAGAUAACGGCGUCCAGGAACCGCAUCAGCCCCCGCCGGGGUGGUAGGAGCUGGAGGGCACCGCGCCGGCACCUCGGGCCCGUCAUCGCCGGAACCACCGACCCCUUCUGCUGCGAGCGAGGGGCAGAAACUCCGGGGGCGCAGGGAGCGCUCUGGGCCCACCAAGCGCUGCUGACCCCCGACGGCGGAGCGAGGCGCCCUUCCCGUCUGUGGCUGGGCAGCCGGCGGGAUGCUGGGCUCGGGCGGGCAAGUUCGGCCCUUCCCGCCGCCGAGGUCUCUGCAGGACUGAAGAAGCGCCGCGCGCGACAGGGGGCCGCCGCCUUCGAGUGACUGCUGGGGGGAAGCAGCGGCAAGACCGGGGAGGGCGGGCGGUCUGCGCCGCACAGAAGCUUUAUCUAUUGAUCUCAGGGAGACGAUCUCAGGGAGGCGAAAGACACGAACUUCCUCCGCCAUAAUAGAUCUGUGGAAUGAGCGGCUGUCUCCCCCUCCUCACGAAGCAGGGGAAGUGACGUUUCCGAUUUCAUGUCACGGGGGCCUCUCCCUGCGAGCCGCAGCUCCGGGCAGCGCAAGGCAAAGCAACGCCGAGACCUUCCGCUCUUCCUUCCGCUCGCGGCGCUCCUUCUCGGGCUUCAAGCGCCCUUAAGCACACCGGCCGGUCAGGAUCCCAUCAUGCUCCGCGACGCCACAAUCUGCAUCCCGCCUUAAGUUCGCGACUAGGAGAGCAGUGUAGGAAGUGACGUCAGGACGCACUGGUCAUCACUGUGAGCCUGUGGCGGCCGCCAUCUUGCCUGCUCCUCUGGCCGGGGACCGGCUUCCGUGACGAAGAGGCAGGGCCUGGUGAAAGAUGGGGGAAGUUGUACCUGCCUGAGUAACUGUGGUGCCUUCAUGGAACCUUGCCCUCCACCAAGCUGUGCCAUGGGGAUAGCCCGGACAGACCAAGCAGAUGGCGGUGCCAGCCAUACCCUCUGCGUGGAGCCUUGCUCUAGGGACCCUUGCUGGGGUGGGCAGAGUGAUGCCACCACAGAAGUGCUGGUCUCUCCAGGAGCAGCGUGCUUGAGCGAGGCAGACACAGCAACAGCCCGCACUUUGGAAAUCUGCCUGCGGGAAGAGGGGCAAAUGCAGCAGAGCCCUUCCUGCAAGGAGAGAGGCCUGGAAGAUGCCGAGGGCGAGCUGCCUCCUAAGCAGCUGAAGAGGCAAGCGGAGGAGACAGGCCAUCUGAAAGCACUUGCAGACGAACUCUGCCCUUCCCCAGACCCCGCCUUGGUUCAUCCUGAAGAGGGCCCAGCAGCAGUCCCACCUGCCCGGAAGCGUCCGUGUGGGCGGAAGCCCCGGAAGAAAGCUGCUGUCCGCAGAGGCCCCGCCCGCAAGGAGCCCAGGGGAGCAGCUGAGGACCCUGGGCCUUCGGAGAAUGGCCCGCCCCUGCCUGCGAAGGUGCCCAAGAAGCGGGGGCGCAAGUCCAAGGCAGAGCUACUCCUGAUGAAGCUCUCGCAGGGGCUGGAGUGCCAGUCGCCUGAACCUCUGGGCCAGCAGAAGUCGCUGCCCGAUGGGAGCCUGGACUGCCUGGAGACCAGCACACCUGGUGGGCGCCCAAAGCGCCGAGCAGCAAAAGUAGCCCUUCUGUACCUGCAGGAGCUGGCUGAGGAGUUGACGUCUGUCUACCAGCCGCCCCCUUGCAAUGAGAUCUCAGAGGACACCUCCGGGCCUGAAGAGCCCACUAAGAGACGGCGAGGCCGGAAACCACAAAACCAGAAGCAAGAGAAUGAGGAGGACGCAGACUUUGUCCCUUCAGAAGAAGGGCUCCUGCAGGAGGAGGAGGAGGAAGAGGAGAGCGACCUGCUGCUGAGUGAGGCUUCAGAGUCUGAACUGGAGCCCGGCCUACGUGGAGCCGGGAGGCCCAAGGGUCAUUGGCGAGGAUUUGCCUCCAAUGGUUUGCAUAACUCUGUGAUGGCCCCCGUGUGGAAGUCUCUCUCCAUCACUCACCGCUUGCGUGAGCAGCUCCACUCUCAUUGGGAGUUUCCCGAGUGGGUGCCUUCUACCCGGAAGUGGGCUUUUCUCUCAGAGAGCGACGCAGAUGAAUACCUCCCCAGAGAGACCAAGUCCCCCCUCUUCUGCAUUCAGCGGGAAAGUCUGCAAGAAGACAGCAACAUCCUCUACCGGAUUAACAGGUUUAAUGCCUUGCAGCCCCAUGAAGAGCGCCUGGACGUGACUUUCUUUGUGGGGGGACCCGUCUGGGCCAUGGAGUGGUGCCCAACCCCUGAGGGUGCUGUGGCAUCCCAGUACUUGGCUGUCUACUGUAACCCUGGCAUGGAUGAUCGGCACAGUUUGGUAGGGACCCACACGGGGCCAGCUCUGCUUCAGCUCUGGGAGUGUGGUCCCAUUCAGCAGGACACAGGGUUGGCUACCAAGCCAGGACUGGCAUAUGGCAUUGCCACUGACCACGGCUGCAUCUGGGACAUGAAGUUCUGCCCUAGCGGAGCCUGGGAGCCCCCUGACACCCGCCACAAGCAGUCCCCCCAGAUGAGCCGGCUGGGGCUGCUGGCUGUGGCCUUUUCUGAUGGGAAGGUUUUGUUGUACACGCUUCCUCAUGCAGAGGACCUGCUUGCCCACAGGAGAGCCCAGGGAACAGGUGGGUCCUCCCCCCGGCAUGCCAUCUGCAAGGUCCAGUGUGUGGCCACCCUGCAGGUGGGUGCCAUCCAAGCGGGGAUUGCCACCGACUGUGGGCAGUGUUUCAGCUUGGCCUGGAUGCCGACAAAGCCUCACCAGCACCUGGCAGCCGGUUUCUAUGAUGGCACGGUGGCUCUCUGGAACCUGGCCACCAAGUCAUUGCUGCAGCGCGUGCGUCAGCCGGACAGCUCCCUUAAGCUCUACCCGUUCCGCUGCUUCCCGGCCCACGACCACGCCGUGCGCAGCAUCCAGUGGUGCAAAGCAAACAGCAAUUUCAUGGUGUCUGCAGGGAAUGACCGCAAGAUCAAGUUUUGGGACUUGCGCCGCCUGCACGAACCGCUCAACAGCAUCAAGCGCUUCCUGAGCACAGAGAUUGCCUGGCUGCUGCCCUACAGCGGAAUCACAGUGGCCCAGGACAACUGCUAUGCCUCGUAUGGCCUCUGUGGGAUCCAUUACCUGGAUGCUGGCUAUCUGGGCUGCCGGGCUUAUUUUGUGGCCCCUCGCAAGGGCACAGUUUGGAGCAUCUCUGGAUCAGACUGGCUGAACACAGUGGCUGCUGGAGACGGCACAGGGGAGCUGGUGGCUGCAAUGAUGCCUGACCUGUCGCUUAACCCUCACAACAUCAAGCGUCCAUCAGAGCGUCGAUUCCCCAUCUACAAGGCAGACCUGCUGGCCUGUGGCCCACUCAGCAAGGAGGCAGCCCAGGCAGCAGGAAGUGAGAAGUCCCAGGCAGCGGAGGGCAGGACGUACAGGGAGUCGGUGGCCCAGAACUACAUCCUCUUCCAAGACACCGACCUGAGGAGCUUCAAGAACGUCUUCAAGCAGAAGCCCCCAAAGCGCAUCCCAGCACCAGAGGAGAAGGAGGGGGACGGCCUGGGCCGCCUGCAGCUGGAGGCUGUGCACAAGGUUCGCUUCAGCCCCAACCUGAACUGCCACAGCUGGCUGGUGUCGGGAGGCCAGUCCGGCCUCGUGCGGCUUCACUGUCUUCGGGCGUUGGCUUCCCCCCCCAGCCGCAAGCUGCUUCUCGAGUGCCAGGCCCAGUUCAGUGCCAUGUUUGACUCAGAGGGACAGCUUGAUGGCCUUGCACCAGGGACGCCCACUGCUGUCAGCUGAGCAGCCCAGCACUGCAGGGAAGGAACUCUUUGGCAUCGGCACAAGUCGCUGAGGAAGGGGGGGGAUCUCGUUCCAGACAACGUCUGAUGCUGGAUCCCGGGUUUGAGCUACGGGGCACGGCUGGACAGAAUGGAGAGAGCCACAAGAAGGUGGUCAGCCAGCAACUGAGCUCAGAGCCCCUGUGGUGCGUGGGGUGCCCUGAACUGUCUAGGGCCUGAGGAUGGUGCUUCCCUCUUCUGUGGGAGUGUGAAUGAGAAGCCCCCCCCCCAUUGGACAUCUCCACAGGGUGGUGUGCUUUUAGUAGCUGGCGUGGCAAGGGGAAAUCUCUCUCGACUCUCCUAGCCAGCCCUGAGCACGAUGCAAGGCUCCAAGGGAGAUGGGCGGGGGGGGGAUGCCUGCCUCCCUCCCUUUGGCUGGCCCAGUGGAAGAGCACUCUGAGGCACUCCCCCCAUGCUCCUUCCCCUGCAAGGGCCUCUUGAUGACUGGGUGAUCGGGAAUGGGCCGCAGCCCCCUGCAAGAUGCCAUCAGGAGCCUUUGGACAUCCAUCCCACCCUACCAGUCUCUUUGGGGGGCACAGCCUUGCUCACAUUGAGCUCUUUCAACUGUUAUUAAAGUGGUUUGUUUUGUUUAAAA